AUGAUUUGUGGUGGAGGCAAGAGGAAAGGCAGAAGCAAAAAGUGGAAACAGAUCUUGAAAUUCCCACAUAUCACUCAAUGUUUAAAUAUCUUAGACCAAAGCAGUAUAACUUACAAGUAUUUAAUUGAGCAACAGCCCCUAGGGUGGUUACUGUUCAGACAGUUUUGUGAUACAAAGUCAGAUCUGAAAAUAGCCAUAGGUUUCCUAGAUGCUGUGAUUGCAUUUGAAGUAGCACCAGAUGAAAAAAGGAAGGAGGUAGCACAGGAAGUGUUUGAAAAAUACCUCAAGCCUACGUCUCCAGAAUACAUUAGUCAAAUUAAUAGUAACCUCAGCAGUUCUUGUGAGCAGAAUAUCUCGGAGGGAGACAUCACAAGAGAGCAGUUCACUCCAUGUGUAGAUGUAAUAAAGGAAUGGUUAAGUAAAGAGCCCUUCACAGAGUUUUUAGACAGCAUGUAUUUUAAGAGAUAUCUACAGUGGAAAUGGUUAGAAAGUCAACCAGUCACUAAAAAUACCUUCAGAAUGUAUAGAGUCUUAGGCAAGGGAGGUUUUGGGGAGGUCUGUGCUUGUCAAGUUCGUGCAACUGGGAAGAUGUAUGCAUGUAAGAAGUUAGAAAAGAAGAGGAUCAAAAAGAGAAAAGGAGAGGCAAUGGCGCUAAAUGAAAAGCAAAUUUUGCAAAAAGUAAACUCAAGAUUUGUAGUUAGUUUAGCCUAUGCAUUUGAAACAAAAGAUGCCCUGUGCUUGGUGCUAACUAUAAUGAAUGGUGGGGACCUCAAGUUUCACAUUCACCAUAUGGGAAAUCCAGGAUUUGAAGAAGAACGAGUCAUCUUUUAUGCAGCCGAGAUAGCCUGCGGGCUCUCAGACCUGCAUGCAGAAAGGAUAGUGUACAGGGACUUGAAACCAGAAAAUAUCUUAUUAGAUGAUUUUGGGCACUUAAGGAUAUCAGAUUUGGGUCUAGCCGUGGAAAUCCCAGAAGGAGAAACCAUCCGGGGCAGAGUGGGCACUGUGGGAUAUAUGGCCCCAGAAGUCAUCAAAAAUGAGCGCUAUACAUUCAGUCCUGACUGGUGGGGACUUGGGUGCAUAAUUUAUGAGAUGAUUGAAGGACAAGCCCCCUUUAGAGCUAGGAAGGAAAAGGUAAAAAGAGACGAAGUAGAUAGGCGAGUGAAAGAAGACACUGAGUCAUACUCUGAGAAGUUUUCUGAAGAUGCAAGAUCUAUAUGCAUGCAGCUUUUACAAAAAGAUCCCAAGGAGAGAUUGGCUUGUGGUGCUAAAGAUGUGAGGUCUCACCCCUUUUUUAAAAAUAUCAAUUUCAAACGUUUAGAAGCAGGAAUAUUAGAACCACCAUUUGUACCAGAUCCCAGAGCCGUGUAUGCUAAAGAUGUGUUAGACAUAGAGCAGUUUUCCACAGUGAAAGGGGUCAACCUCGACACGACAGAUGAUGCUUUCUACACUAGAUUUAGUUCAGGGUCCGUUUCCAUACCAUGGCAGAAUGAGAUGAUAGAGACUGAGUGUUACCAAGAGAUGAAUGUAUUUGGACAAGAUGGUGGUCCCUCUCCAGAUUUACUAGACGAUGUCCCCCCUCCUCCACCUCAGAGAGGAUUCUUUGACAGGUUAUUUAGGAGAAGACGGUGCCUACCUUGUGCAUCAGGCUCUAAAUGAAUUACAAGAGCUGUCAUGACAUCUGACACCCAAGUGCUGUUGUUUCUGAUCUCUAAACCUGUGACACACUGGCUAUAUGAAUGUGGUCCUGUGCUCAUCCAUUCCAUGCAUUGCCAGCAUGCUGCACUCGUGUACUCCUGAAGUCAUACCAGUAUAAACCCUGUCGAACCAACCAUGGAGCAUUAUAUUGCACAUCACUCAGGCACCCGCGUCUGUCUACUCCUAUCAUUUCAAACGGAGACUGUGUGACGUUGUGUUUAUAACUGUUAUUUAUUCCUUUAAAACUAUUGCACAAUCAGACCAGAAGGGCAUCUCUUCCCCCCCACUGAGUGAGGGUUAUUCUUAGGGGCAGAAGAGGCCACCAAAGAACAAGAACAAGAACAUCGGCUGUUCAACACUAGAUGUCACUGUGGAUCAAACGGUAUAAUACGCCAUUGGCAAAAAAAUGGUGGAGGAAGUGGAGGGCACACUGACGCCACUGGAGGAGGAUCUGAAGCUCUGAAACCAUGAAGUCAAAAGUAUUAUACAGUGGAACAAUUUCCAUGGCACAAUUUUUUUUUUAUCUGUAUCUGUGUGUGUUUAUUGAGGCAAGUUCCCAUGCCUAAUGGAUGUACCAUUUCAUUUCUAUUGUAUUGUUUCUCUAAUGAUCAAUGAUAGCACACUAGGUAUCAAGAUAGUGUAAAUGUGUUAACAUUUAUUAGGUUUGACUCUUGGUAGGUAAGGUAGGUAGAUGAAAAUUACUUGUAAUAACUAAAUUAUUCAUCUUGUCAAGAGACAUAAGUACAAUUUAUAUUAUGUGUGGUAUCUUCAUAAUUGAAUAUUUUGCUAUGAAUAAAAGGCCUUUGUAAAAUACUAAAUGUUAUUGUCAAAGACAGAGCAAGAUUUGGCAUCAUGGCAGUUAAACAGCUAUAAAAAUAAUUUAGGGUUUGUUAUUUAUUCAUUUCUGUUGAAACACAGAAAACUUUUCACAAGGCAACCUCAAAGAUUUGUGAAAAGUUUGUUUGAUCAGUAGCGCUGUUUUAUUUUUAUGUGCAGUCACAGUAGUAACUGGACAUAUAGCCAUCAUCGUCAUGUCUGCAUCACCUGAGAUGGAAAUCUCAAAGUCACCGUUUUGCCUAUAGCAAAUUUGAGUUUCCUUAGAGACAAAAAUGCAGUGUAUGGAUUAAAAAUGGUUCAAUUGGAAUUUUCUUUUUUCAGCUUGUGCAUCAACAUUGUCUCAGUAAUGUCUAAUAAACUACUAAUCCGUUUACUUCAAUUUUGCUGAAGUCACCUGUAGGAUUAAAAUGGAGAUCAUUGCCUUGAAUAGACCUGUGUUUUUUUGUUGUUUUUUUUUAACCUUAUCCCGCCACUUUUUGUAAUCAUUACCAUGUGUUUCCCUUUUGUUGCAAUGCUGCUAUGGGAUUAUAUUGAAAGUAGACAUUUUUAAUUUUUUACAACUUGUUGUAAUCAGUUAGAUCACAAUUGAGGUCAAUGCAGAGAGUAGCCCUGGUUCGUUCAUUCAUUUACUUUUUUAUUGCAUGCAUGAUUUCUAGCAUGUGUUAAACUGUAUUGCAAUUUUGCUUGUUGACUAUCUGGAAAAAUUGUUUUCUUUCAUACCUGCUGGAAGCAUUUGGGCUAAAAUACAGGUUAAGCUAAAUUAAGAGUUGGUUUCAUCAAAUAAAUAUUUUCGCCUUUUUAUAAAACUGUAUGUUUAGUUUGCAUUGUGGCCUAGUCCUUUGUCAAUUCUGAGUAUUUUCUGAAAUGUGCUAUUACCUAAUGACUUGAUUCUUAUGCUGGGCUGUACAUAUGCCAGCUUUUGCUGGCUAAUAUUCAUAUGGAUUGACUUUUGAGAACUUGAUCAAUGAGAUUUUAGAUCUGUAUGAUGUUCUUUAUUUUGUCUUUUAUUCAUAAAUUAAGUUUUAAAAAAAGAGAAGGAAAACUUAAUGAAAAUAGUCCCAAUCAUCCAAAAAUUUUUUUGAAUUCCUAGUUUUCAGAUUUCCUUUAAAUUUAUCCAUAACUUAGCUUCAUCUGCUGUAGCUGUAAUUUUGCAAUGGUGGUUAUUCUUUUGGAUAUUUAUCAAAACUGAUUUUAAACUGGUGCUUAUUAGUUAUGACAGUGAUUCACAAUUCACCAGUGAGUCUUCACACAGUGAGUUGCUUAUCAAUGUUCAAUUUGUUGAGCGUCCUCCAUAGUAAAUAUAAGGGUGGAAUUGUUAUAAUUGAAUAUCUGGUGCUUUCCUUAUAGGUACUAAUUUGAAAAACUAUGUAUUAAAAUAUGUUAAAUUAUUCAUAAAGUUGAAUAAUUUCAAACUUAAUUUGAAUAAGCAAGCAAAUGUUAUAUUUUCUAUAAUUCAUUUGUAGUGCUAUUUUUGCAUGAAAGAGGUAUUGCAUAGGUUGUCUUUGUAAAAGUUAGCUCAGGUGCAAAGGAGGAAGGGACUCAAUUAACUUAAUAUGAGAAGAAAGGGCAGCUUAUUUUCUCUUAGUCAAAAUAAGUCUGAUAACCCCAUCUUCUUUGUUGGGACAUUAUUUUUACAAAGUUGAAAAUAUUGUAGAUUCUCUUGAUUUACUAAAUAUUGUAGUUAUGUAUUGUGAAAGGAAAACAGAGAAAACAGAUCCAACUCUUUAUAUUGAUGUUAUUCUCAAUCCUUUUGGUGUUUUAGUAAAUUCAAAAGUGUAAGUGUCAACAGAGAGAUGUUGUUAAGAUAUAUCAUUACCAGUUUUAUAUAUCUAAAUGUUUCAAUUUGUGCAUUACGAAGUAGCAUUGUGAAUUGCAAAAUACAAAAGCAUGUUAUAAUAAGUAUGAAUUGAAUGGUUGGAUAUCACCAGGAGCUAUACCCCAAAACACAAAUCCUAAGGUACAUUAUACCCACUGAAAUCCAGUGUACUCCAUUACUGGGGAUUGUGGUAUAACAUUAUAUUAGAUAAGGUGACUUUUACAGAGAUCAACCUGUCUUCUAAGCUAAGUGCAUUUUGCAGUCUAUUAGUGAGACUUAAAUAUUUAAAUUGUGAGUAAAAAAAUAUGAAAUACUCGAUGCUAUUACAAAAUUGAAUAAUUGUAAGAAAACUGAGACAGUCAUCUUUGUAGCUUCAUGUACAAACAGAUGAAAACUCUCAGCCUCGCCUUUUGAAAACACUCAGCAAAGUACAAUCUUGAUAAUAUAUAUUUCGGUGUUUUGUAAAAUUUGCAAAAUUAAGGUUAGCCAUGCACCCAAAUAUUAAUACUGAAUAUAUUGAUUUUGUCUCAUUUUAUGCUUUUUUGUUGUCACUGUCUUAUUUCAUAGCAGAGUCUAACUGGUCAACUUAGCAGUGCUAGCUGUAUAUGUGUAUAAUGAGCAGCUAUAUCCUAAUAAAUAUAAGCAUGAACAACAUGUAAGAGAGCUUUUCCAUUGCCUAGUGUGCAUUGCCGAAACAUACUAAUAUAUGAGCCAUAGAAUUGGAUAAGGUGCUUCACUUAUAGUCAUGAAAUACAGUAAAUGGUUGUUGGAUCCGAAGUCGUGUUUUUGAAUGAAGUUUUGUCUCGGUGAAAAUUAGUCCGAUAACACAGUCCCCUUUGUUUAAGUAUUACUUUUACAGACAACAAUGAAAAUAUUGUAGACUUUCUUGAUACACAAAAUAUUAUAGCAAUGCAAGAUUAUGAUUUCGGUAGAGUAAGAAUAUCCAUUGAUAAAUAUGUGCAACUUUUGUGUAAUAGUUAUUUUGUGGACACUUGUAUGAAAACCCUCAGAAGAUUUGAGAAAUUUUCCAAAUAGGAGUAUAUCAACUCUUUUUUUUUUCUUUUUUUUUUUUUUUUAAUUAUUGGGAAGCAGUUAAACCACAUUGAUAAUAUAGUACAUUGUAGCUAAUAUUGUACAAAGCAAGGUAUUUGUGGGAUGAGGAUAAAGCAAGGCAGGUCACUUUGCUUUCAAUUCAUCUAGGUGUUAUUAGGUAUAUUUAUGUAUGAUAAGUAGUGUUUUAAAUCAAUCUAUUUAUUCUGUAGUAUUGUAAUAUUGAGAAUUAUUGUGUUAUUUAUAUUCAUUCAGAACAUACGUGUACAUGUUUCGAUAAUUAUACAAUCUUGUGUUCUUGUAUAACCAUACAAAUUAUGAAAGAUAUUCAGUUCAGUUUAUAUUUUUCAGCACUUUGCAAUUUUUUCUAGGAACAGAGGUUUGCCUUGGGCCAUCAUAGCAAAUGUUAUGACGUAAAGUCAGCUCAUGAUUAGGGUUUUGUUUCAAUAUAAUCUCAACUUCUGUGGACAAAAAAGAAGUAAAAGUUGCUUGUCAGUUCAACUAGCUGCUACACUAUUGAUGAA